GGGCGAAGAUAUUUCGAGCCCUAAAAAGGAGAGGAGGGAGUGAGAAGUUAGAGCUCGAUUUUUCCGCGGAGGAGAUCGCGGGAUUUUUCCGACGCAACUCGCCCUAGGGUUUGAGCUGCUUCGUCUCCUUCGACGACGACGAAGAAGGAGACGAAGAAGGAGAGGGGAUCUUAGGGGAGAUAUCGAAGAGAUUUGAGGGGAUUUGGGGAUGGGGGAAGGGGUGAAGAGGGGAAAGGAGGAGGAGGAGGAGGUGGUGAUGUUGAUGGAGGAUCCGGCGGCGGCGGCGGAGGAGGAGGAUGUGGAGGUGGUGGAGGAGGGAGAUGGGGUGAUGAGAUUGGAGAGGUUUUUGCUGAAGAUGCCGGUGAGGGUGCUCCUCGUCGAAGGGGACGAUUCGACUCGGCAAAUCAUCGCCGCUCUCCUGAGGAAGUGUAGCUACAGGGUUACUGCAGCCUCAGAUGGCGUGAAGGCGUGGGAGAUGCUGAAGGAAAAAUCUUACUGUAUAGACCUUGUUUUGACUGAAGUAGAUCUUCCCUUGAUGUCCGGAUUUGGUUUACUUUCCAUGAUAAUGGAACAUGAGACCUGCAAAAAUAUUCCCGUUAUAAUGAUGUCUUCACAUGAUUCUGUUAGCAUGGUUUUCAAAUGCAUGCUGAAAGGUGCGUCAGACUUUCUGGUUAAGCCAAUUCGGAAGAACGAACUGAGGAACUUGUGGCAGCAUGUUUGGAGAAGACAAAUCGCAAGUGGCAGGCCUAGUGGUACGCUGGGAUAUCAAGAUGAAAAUCAUGCAAAGCAUGAAAUCGGAGCUGAGUCUAAGAAAGGAAAAGUUUCCAAAGAAAAUGUUGCCUGUAUGCAGGACAAUAAGGAAUGCAGUGACCAAGGGAGUGAUGCUCGAAGCUCUUGUACAAGGUCAGACAUGGAAGCUGAGAGUAGACGUGUUGAAAAUUUCGUGGAGCAUAAGCUAUCUAGUAAUGAGGAUCCCUCUCUGGUGGAUCAGAGCUGCGAAGAGCGUAUUCAAUUAGAUAGCUCUUUGGCAAUGUAUGGGCCUAAAGUUGAAGCUCGAAAGGAGGAUGUGAUGCGAAGCACAUUCCCAGAUCAUAAGGACAACAUAUGUGAGAAGGCUUCUGAAGAAGUUGUUGAUCUAAUUCGAGAGAUUGACAAUCAACCAAAACAUAAGAACACACAAAGAGACGCAUAUUCUAUUCAAAAUACUCAAGAGAAUUGCAUCAAUUUUGCGACAAGCCCCUUCCCUCAUUUAGAGUUGUCUUUGAGAAGAUUUGAGUACAGUAGCGCAAACAAGACGGAGAAUGAUGAAAGGAAUACACUGAACCAUUCCACUUCGUCUGCCUUUUCACUGUACAGUAGCAGGAAUGUAGCAGCUUCAACCAGUGCCAGUGAUGCUCCAGGAUGUAGUGGGACAAAAUCAAAUCCAAAUUUUGAGGAAGCGCAUAAAGUUCAAGAUGGAAAAGUUCAAGAUGGAAAGGCAGUUCGCUGCUCUCCUAUUCGAGUUCUACCCUUUCCUAUUCCAAUUGGAGGCAUCUCCCUCGAUAGCAUGGUUAAUGAUUGUGGCCCUCUUAUGCAGCCCCUAUUUUAUCCCCAUUCAUCUCAUCCUUUCUGGAGUCACUCCCAAUCAAUUUGUCAAGAAGCAACAAUGCCAACAAGUUCAUCAAACCAAUCCGAACCAAAAAAUGUUAACUCUAUACAAGUGGAAGGCAAAGAUAAUCAGAGUGUGAAAAGCCCGGCUCACCAUUCAGUGCAAAUUCAGGAAGAGACCUCACAGCAUUUGGAUGUAGAGAAGCACAUGUCUUCUGCAGCUGUUGAGAGUGGUAGUAGUUUCUGCAAUAGUGGCAGGAACCCCAGUGAAAGUGCAGGGCAAGCCAUCUCAGAAAGUGCAAAUAAUGAGGGUAUAUUUACUCACAAAGAGAAUAAGCUGGCAGAGAUUCAUUGCUUAAGCCCAAGAGAAGUGGCCUUAAACAAAUUCCGAUUGAAAAGGAAAGAUAGAUGCUUUGAGAAAAAGGUCCGGUACCAGAGCAGAAAGAUACUUGCAGAGCAGCGGCCUCGUGUAAAGGGACAAUUCGUUCGUCGGGACCAAGCCUUUGUUCAAUGUAUGGAAGCUGGUAGCCACAGGAGUGAGUCGAUCACUUAAAAACCGAACGGCAAAAAGGAGUUUCGCGCACAAAAGAAAAUCGUAGGUUGAUGUUAUAGUAUUGUAGAAAAGCUAACGAAGCAGAAUCGCAUGGAGUUUGCAUCGUAUCACUUACUUUCCUCUUGAACCUAGUUUUGGUGUGAGAGCUUGUUAUGUAUAAUUUUGACGGGGGUGAUUUGUUGUUGCGGUGUGAUCUUCUAUAUUCUGCAGUAUGUUUGCAGCUUACGACGCUCUAAUUAUACAUUGUGCUGUUGUAAAUUGGUUUUUCUGUUGCUUCUGGUGCUCUUUCUACUAGGCCUAAUUUGCUACCGUGGCAGCAAAAAAUAUCAUUUUUAAAUUAUAGAAGGUUCAAAAAUUUGAGUA